AUUAUUAGAAGUGGAGGAGACUCCAACUUCCAGGAAUUAGAAUUUCUAGGGUUCUUUUGUUACAUCAGACAUUCUUGUUCUCAAAUAACUGCUGAAAUAGUUUACUGUUUGACACUGAAACCAAGGCACUGGGGAGUUCAAUCACUCACUGCUAGAAGAGGACAGAACUGGAAUCCGUGUUGAGGUCUCUUGGACGUCUGUGCUUCUGUUGCUCUCAUUCAACGUAGUGGCCGUGUGUCCCUUGACUGGUCUCCAGGAACAGUUUCCCCCGGGUCUCUUCCUGCUUGCCCUGGAAAAAGUCUGAGCCCCAUUCACACCAGCAGCAGCUCAGCCAGAAGCUCAUCAUGCUGACAGAAGAGAUGAAGCUGUGGCAUGGCUUAGUGAUUGCAGUGUUGUCCCUCUUCCUCCAGAUCUGUCUCCUCAUGGCCCUCAAUUACCUGCUCAGCAGGAACAUAGCCCACCAGAGUGAACGGAUACUGAAAGAAGCCAGACUCCAGGUCCGGGAGCCUAGUUCUGCUCCCCAUCCCUUCCCUGUGGCCAAAGAGACUUGGAAAGAGUCUGCUCCCCAAUACAGGCAUGAGAGCAACACGUCCUCAGACAGCUCCAUCAGCUCGGUCAGCUUGAACGACCCUGCCACUUUGCCUUCCACCUUCCAGGCCAUCAAGGAUGUGAAUUACACACCAGUGGUCUUUUCAGCCCCUGAAUCUGUCCUGGACUAUGAGAACAUCAAGGAAGCUACAGAUUAUGUCAAUGUCAAUCCUGAAAAACCCAAGCCCAAAAUCUGGACUUCUGUGAAUGCUUCUUUCAUGGAUCCAGUGGAAUACACUCAAGUGGCUGUGUGAA